CCUCGAUGUAGAAAAUGACAUGGAACAAGUUUUCUUUUUGAUUGUGUUUUCCUUAAAACAAUCAAAUUAGCUUCUUCGGAUGGAAGUACUGUACAGUACCUUUAAAAACCCAAUAGCUCACGUAGUACUAUCAACCUAUUCCCUUCCUUCUUCCACCAUGUCACAUACUAGGACUGUCGCACAUCCUCCAGAGAACAGAGGAAUCCACUCCGUCAAAUCGAUGAACCAAAUGAUUGAGGACAUGAAAAGCACAGACCCCAGCAUAGCUCAUACUGCAGUACACUACAGCAAGCACUGUACAUCUAAGGUUGCUUCCACUGCACUGCACUGCACUGCACUGCAUUGCAUUGCAGCCACCACGCAAUCUUCCAUGCCUCUGCCCCUGCAAAACAACCAACGCGUGCACCCCUUCUUGUCUUAUCAAUUAUCAUCGGUCUCCAGCCCAAGCAAAGCUUGUUCCAGCAUGAAAGCAAGCCACAUGCCACCCUCGCGAAGCCGGCAUUCCAGCCUGUUCGGCUGUGUGGCUGCUCGUCCGUCUUUUGUACUUCCACAUCUACCUGCAUAAUCCCCCAAUGGGCAUAGAACAUAUCAACAGGAUCAUCCAGAACGAAACAAAAUAAAACAAAGAUGUCUGAGAAGCCCCUCAUCAACCAACUACCACCUAUGCAAUAAAAAAAAACCCCCCAUGAACAACAUCAAACCCAACCACAACCCCU